UGGCAAGAAAUGGUUGAUGCCCUUACCAUAUGCGGGGCGGGGUUCAAAGCCCCUAGUGAGAGUGAUUUGAGGGGACCCAUUUUGUCUCAAAUGGUGGAUGAUGUGACGAAGGAUUUAGAUGAACAACGCCAGAUAUGGAGCACUAAAGGUUGCACCAUCAUGACUGAUGGUUGGACGGACAGGAGAAAUAGAACUCUCCUUAAUUUUCUUGUUUCUUCUGCAGGGGACACCGUUUUCAUCAAGUCCAUUGAUGCCUCCGCCCAUUGCAAGAAUGCCACCUACCUAUGUGAGCAGAUAGAGGAGGUGAUUGAAGAUGUGGGUGAGGAGAACGUGGUACAGGUGGUGACUAACAAUGCAACAAAUUAUGUUGCUGCGGGUAAACUUUUGAUUACAAACUAAUUUUGUUUGCAAAUUAAUUACUAUCUUGUAGUUUGUACCUCCAUUAAUUACAAUUUACAAUGCAACAAAUUAUGUUGCUGUAGGUAGACUAUUGAUGGAGAGGCACCCAUCUAUAGUUUGGACUCCAUGUGCUGCUCAUUGCAUUGACCUCAUGUUGGAGGAUAUUGGAAAAAUCUCAUGGUUCAAGAGAUGUGUAGAAAGGGCAAGAAAUGUCUGCAAAUUUGUAUAUAAUCAUUCAUAGCUGUUGGCUCUUAUGAGACAAUACACAGAACAAAAGGAGUUAGCUCGUCCAGGAAUCACAAGAUUUGCCACAAACUUCCUCACAUUGCAGUCCAUGCUUAGGUCUAAGUCUGCCUUGAGACGUAUGAUUGUUGGUGAGGAGUGGUCUUCCUCAUCCUAUGCCACCACCCCUGCAGGGAAAGAUAUGGCAGACUGCAUUUUUGAUGAGCAAGACUUUUGGGUCCCUUGUGAUGAGAUAGUGAAGUUUGUUAAGCCCUUGGUGGUUUUGUUACGAGUUGUGGAUGGAGAUAAGCUCACAAUGGGCUAUAUCUAUGAGGCCAUGGAUAGGGAAAAGGAGGCCAUCAGAUUCGUCUAUGGAGGAGAUGAGAGCAAGUAUGGUCCCAUUUGGGAGAUCAUUGAUAGGAGAUGGCAUCAUCAGCUUCAUAGGCCCAUCCAUGCGGUAGCCUAUUAACUGAAUCCGACAUUCCGAUUUAUCCCUUCUUUCAAGGUUGAUGUGGAGGUCCUUAAUGGGCUAUACGCAAUCAUGGAGAAGAUGAGACCUGCUGGUACUUCUCAGAUAAACCUUUUUCCAGAGCUGCAGUUGUUCUCAGAUGCACAAGGGGAGACCUUCUCUCGUCCUGUCACCAAAGACGGUAGGACAACUAUGAUGCCAGAUCAUUGGUGGAGCUUUUUUGGCCCAAUGACACCAAAUAUUCAGAAGUUGGCCAUUCGCAUCUUGAGCCAACCAGGCAGCGCAUCAGGUUGUGAGCGCAAUUGGAGUAUGUUUGAGCACAUAAACUCCAAGAGGCGCAAUAGAUUUUCUGUGGAGAAGAUGAAUGAUCUUGUCUUUGUUCACUACAACCUCCGCCUGAGAAUGAGAAAGAAUGCAUUAGUUGACAUCUGUCCUAUCAUUCUAGAUGAGGUUGAUCUUGAAGCAGAGUGGGCCAAUGAGAAUCAGACAGCUCCUGGGACUCCUACAACUGUCUUUAGUGAUGAUGACAUUGAUUGGAUCGACCAGGUAGAUAUAGAGGCUGAGGCUGUAGCCAUGGCAGAGGAGGAGCAGAGAGCACGAGCAGAUACAGGAAAUAUCGAGACUCAGAGUGACACAACUGUUCUUGAUGUUGGUGAGCAUGGCAUGGUGUCACGGGGAGCGACUAUGGCUGCUGAAUCAUCCAGGACCUACUUUAAACGCCUUCGUAGGGGGCUAGGGCGAGAGGGUGCACGACCCUCUGAGCCAUAGGCUUGUACACUUGUAGUUGUAUUUAGUAUUUACUAUUUACCUUUGGUAUUUGUAUGAAACAUUUGAUGAUGAUCAUAUGAUGACAUGGAUUUUUUAUUCCAUGAGUUUUGUAAUAUUGUAUACAUUUGACAAUAUUUAUAUAUCUAUGUUUGUUAUUUUCUUCAGCUACAAUUUGCGUUUAUGCUUAUGUGAUUGAUGUAUACUUGUGUAUGUAAUCAAAUGAGCCGAGUUUGAUGAUGUUUUU